AUGAAGGACAUAUUAAGUCAUAAGAAGGAUUGGAGAGAGACAGAAACAGUCUUCCUCACUAAAGAGUGCAGUGCAAUCAUUCAGAAUGGCUUACCAGAGAAAUUUAAGGAUCCUGGAAGCUUUAUGAUACCAUGCACUCUAGGUGAUGCUUGUACAAGGACAUCUUUAUGUGACCUUGGUGCAAGCAUAAACCUAAUACCUGCUUCUUUAAUAAAGAAGCUCUAUUUGACUAAAGAAGUCAAACUAACCCGCAUAUGCCUUCAACUUGCAGAUGGUUCUGUUAAGAUACCAUCAAGAGUAAUAGAAUACAUGAUUGUCAGUGUUGGACCUUUUGCUUUCCCCACUGACUUUAUGGUGUUAGACAUGGAAGGACACAAGAGUGCAUCCCUUAUCGUAGGGAGACCCUUCCUAGUUAUAGGACGGACCCUUAUUGAUAUUGAGAAAGGGGAAGUAACCCUGAGAGUCAAUGAGAAAAAGUUCGUACUGAAUGUUGUCAAGGCUAUGCAACAUCCAGACAUUAAUGAGGAAUGCAUGAGCAUUGACCUCAUUGAUUCCCUGGUGGAAGAGGUCAACAUGGCCAAAAGCAUCAAUGAAGGGCUAGAGGAUAUCCUUGAUGAUACUUAG